UUUUGUUCAUCUAAGAGGUAGAGAAGUUAGUGCUUCUUAAGUUCCUGGCAUCAGUUCUCACCAAUGUAAGAAUAAGUAAAAAAAAAUAAAAUAAAACUUGAACUUUUGCAUAAAAUGCAACUUUGUAUCUGCUUCCAGGUGGCUGUAGAGAGUCCAUUUCUUCUGUGUUAGCAGCUUAAGUAAUGCACGCACCUACCUUACGGUGCCCUGAGGAUCCCCUCAGAGUGUUCUGCACUAGGUUUAAAUAUGUUUGUUGAUGAAUAAAUGGAAACCAAGUCUGAUCAUGACAAGCACACACGUCUCUGUAUAGUACCCAUUAGUGAGUGUUGCCGGGGUCAGCGUACAGAACAAAGCAGUAGCCACUGGCCAAAACAAAUGUGAAAAUCCAUCGUAUUUCAGUCAAGUUAGGGUUUCAUUUGGUGACACAGCUUGACUAUUAGUUUAUCCAGGAAAGGCCAGGCUUUGUGGGGGAUUGUUUGUUCUAGGGGGAAUCACUUACCGUAAAAACAGGGAGAGGGGCGAGAUGCCUGUGGUCGCCGUCCUAGGUUGUGAUACAGGUUAAACACACAGGAAAAGUCCGGGAGGAUUAACCAAAACCACUGUAACGAGAAUUUGGUGCACAUGGUACAGUCAGAUUUGGUAGGUAGUGCUUAGAAUGAACUAACAGCCAAUGUGUAGGAUGGUUGUUGGUACCACUGAACACGUUAUUAAACCUUGAUAAUGAAAGCUGGGAUGUUGACACAUGAAUAACAGACCAGUGGAACAGAAUAGAGAGGGGCCCGAUGCAGGAGUCUUUAUUGAGCUUCACUUUAUUGCACUUCACAGGUGUGUUUUUUACAAAUUGAAGGCAAGACCCUCCACCAGCAGAAAGAUUACAACUCGCUUUAUUGCGAUACGCACUUUAUUUCGGGGGUCUGGAACCGAACCUGCAGUAUCUCCAAGGUGCUUCUGGAAUGGCUCAUGCUCUGUGAACGAAAUAAUGGGUUGGAAUUCGUUUCAAGUUAAAUUAUUCCCCCAGUCUGGGCAUAGGCUCAGCAUCACUUUUACACAGUUGCAUUGUGACCCUCUCCAAGCCUGCCCUUAGGAUCCCAAGGAUUUCCCUAAACAAAGAGCGUUCCCUUCCUGACAGAAGCUCUGGGGCGGCUGCUGGAAAACUAGACACUGAGGACAUUCUGCAAAAGAACUGACCUGCUUCCUUCAAAAACGUCUGGGAUGUGAAAGACGAAGAAAAGCCUGAAGAACCGAUCCAUCCAGGGUCAAGGAGAGAGGUGAUUGGUGGGAUUUGAACCCAGUUCCUACACUGGGCGGUGCUGCUCGGCCUGCUCCUCGUCUCUCCAAGGAUGGCCCACCAGGGCGUGUUCUGCUUCCCCUUGGGGCUCCUGUUCGGCUCUGUGCUCUUGGUGGUCUCAGCGCCGGCCACUCCCGAGCCUCAGGGCUGUGGUGACAAGGAGCAUCAGGUGACCGUCAGCCACACCUACAAGAUUGACGUGCCCAAGUCCGCGCUGGUGCAGGUGGAGGCUGACCCUCAGCCCCUCGGGGACGACGGUGCCUCGCUCCUGGCCCUGGGGGAGGCCGAGGAACAGAACAUCAUCUUCAGACACAACAUCCGCCUGCAGACCCCGCAGAAGGACUGCGAGCUGGUGGGCGUCGUCCAGGGCCUCCUGGCCCGCGUGAAGAAGCUGGAGGAGGAGAUGGCACAGGUGAAGGAGCAGUGUGACGUCCAGCGCUGCUGCCCAGGAGCUGCCGGUGUGAGCCGCCACUGCAGCGGCCACGGGACCUUCUCGCAGGAGACCUGCAGCUGCCGCUGCGAUCAGGGCUGGGAGGGCCCCGACUGCGCGGAGCCAGCCUGUCCGGGCGCGUGCAGCGGCCACGGGCGCUGCGAGGACGGCCGCUGCCAGUGCGCGGCGCCCUACGUGGGGGCGGACUGCGCCUACCCGGCCUGCCCCGGGAACUGCAGCGGGCAGGGCGUGUGCGUGCAAGGCGUGUGCCAGUGCUACGAGGACUUCACGUCGGAGGACUGCAGCGAGCGGCGCUGCCCCGGCGACUGCAGCGGCCACGGCUUCUGCGACACCGGCGAGUGCUACUGUGAGGAGGGCUUCUCGGGCCUGGACUGCGCGCAGGUGGUCGCCCCCCAGAGCCUGCAGCUGCUCAAGAGCACGGAGGACUCGCUGCUGGUGGGCUGGCAGCCCUCCGCGGAGGCGGACCACUACCUGCUCAGCUACCACCCGCUGGGCGAGGAGCCCUCGGGGAAGCAGGUCCAGGUUCCCAAGGAGCAGCACAGCUACGACAUCCUCGGUCUGCUGCCCGGGACCAAGUACAUCAUCACCCUGCGCAACGUGAAGGAAGACCUUCCCAGCAGCCCCCAGCACCUGCUGGCCACCACCGAUGUCUCUGUGCUGGGCACCGCUUGGGUGACAGACGAGACGGAGAACUCCCUGGACGUGGAGUGGGAGAACCCCCCGAGCGAGGUGGAUUAUUACAAGCUGCUGUACGGCCCCCUGACAGGGCAGGAGGUGGCUGAGGUCACCGUGCCCAAGAGCAGCAACCCCAAGAGCAGAUAUGACAUCACCGGUCUGCAGCCCGGGACGGAGUACAGGAUCGUAGUCGUGCCCGUGAGGGGAGACCUGGAGGGCAAGCAGAUCCUCCUGACCGGCAGGACAGAAAUUGAUAGCCCGACCAAUGUGGCCACAGAGCGAGUGACAGAAGACUCGGCGGUGGUGUCCUGGGAACCCGUCCGGGCCGUCAUCGACAAGUACGUGGUGCGCUACACCUCCGCCGGCGGGGAGACAAGGGACCUGGUGGUGCCCGCGGAGGAGAGCAGCGCCGUCCUGACCGGCCUGAGGCCCGGGGAGGCGUACAAAGUCCACGUGUGGGCUGAGCGGGGCAGCCAGGAGAGCAAGAAGGCCGACACCACGGCCCUGACCGAGAUUGACAGUCCCCAAAACCUUGUGACCCACCGAGUGACAGAGACCACAGCCUCCAUCUCCUGGGACCCGGUGCAGGCCACCAUCGACAGAUACGUGGUGCGCUAUACCUCCGCUGACGGAGACGCCCGGGAGGUGCCGGUGGGAAAGGAGCAGAGCAGCACGGAGCUGACGGGCCUGCGGCCGGGCGUGGAGUACUCGGUGCACGUGUGGGCCGAGCGGGGGGCCCGGGAGGGCCGGAAGGCCGACACCACGGCCGAGACAGAAGUCGAUGGCCCCCAGAACCUGGUGACCGACCGGGUGACAGAGACCACGGCCUCCAUCUCCUGGGACCCGGUGCAGGCCACCAUCGACAGAUACGUGGUGCGCUACACCUCCCCUGACGGAGACGCCCGGGAGGUGCCGGUGGGGAAGGAGCAGAGCGGCACGGAGCUGACGGGCCUGCGGCCGGGCGUGGAGUACUCGGUGCACGUGUGGGCCGAGCAGGGGGCCCGGGAGAGCCGGAAGGCCGACACCACGGCCCAGACAGACAUUGAUGGCCCCCAGAACCUGGUGACCCACCGGGUGACAGAGACCACGGCCUCCAUCUCCUGGGACCCGGUGCAGGCCGCCAUCGACAGAUACGUGGUGCGCUACACCUCCGCUGACGGAGACGCCCGGGAGGUGCCGGUGGGGAAGGAGCAGAGCGGCACGGAGCUGACGGGCCUGCGGCCGGGCGUGGAGUACUCGGUGCACGUGUGGGCCGAGCGGGGGGCCCGGGAGGGCCGGAAGGCUGACACCACGGCCGAGACAGACAUUGACGGCCCCAGAAACCUGGUGACCCACCGGGUGACAGAGACCACGGCCUCCAUCUCCUGGGACCCGGUGCAGGCCGCCAUCGACAGAUACGUGGUGCGCUACACCUCCCCUGACGGAGACGCCCGGGAGGUGCCGGUGGGGAAGGAGCAGAGCGGCACGGAGCUGACGGGCCUGCGGCCGGGCGUGGAGUACUCGGUGCACGUGUGGGCCGAGCGGGGGGCCCGGGAGAGCCGGAAGGCCGACACCACGGCCGAGACAGACAUUGACCCUCCCAGAGAUCUCCGUCCAUCUGCCAGGACGCAGUCCGGCGGGGCACUGACCUGGACGGCUCCCUCUGCUCAGAUCGACGGCUACAUUCUGACCUACCAGCUCCCGGAUGGCACCGCCAAGGAGGUGCGGCUUGGACCAGGGGACCUGAGGUUUGAGCUGCAAGGCCUUGAGCAGGGCGCCGCCUACCCUGUCUCCUUGGUCGCCUUUAAGGGUGAUCGCCGGAGCAGGAGUGUGUCCACCACCCUGUCCACAGUUGGUGCCCGGUUCCCACACCCCACGGACUGCAGUCAAGUUCAGCAGAACAGCAACAUCGCCAGUGGCCUGUACACCAUCUACCUGCACGGCGACGCCAGCCGGCCCCUGCAGGUGUACUGCGACAUGGACACGGACGGCGGCGGCUGGACUGUCUUCCAGAGGCGCAACACCGGGCAGCUGGACUUCUUCAAGCGCUGGCGGACCUACGUGGAAGGCUUUGGGGACCUCAGGAAGGAGUUCUGGCUUGGGCUGGACAAGCUGCACAACCUCACCACCGGCACCCCGACCCGGUACGAGGUGCGGGCGGACUUGCAGACCGCCAACGAGUCGGCCUACGCCGUCUACGACUCCUUCCAGGUGGCCUCCAGCAAGGAGCGGUACAAGCUCAGCGUCGGGAAAUACAGGGGCACCGCAGGGGACGCGCUUUCCUACCACAACGGGUGGAAGUUCACAACUUUCGACAGGGACAACGACAUCGCCCUCAGCAACUGCGCCCUGACGCAUCAUGGCGGCUGGUGGUAUAAGAACUGCCACCUGGCCAACCCCAACGGCAGAUAUGGGGAGACCAAGCACAGUGAGGGCGUGAACUGGGAGCCGUGGAAAGGACACGAAUUCUCCAUUCCUUACGUGGAGCUGAAAAUCCGCCCCCACGGCUACAGCGGGGAGCACGUCCUGGGCCGGAAGAAGCGGGCACUGGGAGAAAGUUCGAGAACGUUCUGGUGACCCAUUUGCACAUUCAUCGCACGAGGCAAGA